AGCAGCCUCACGGAGCACACGCAGAGCACCGCCGCGCCGCCCCCCGGCCCGGCCCGCCGCCAGACCGCUCCCGCGCUCGCGUACUUCUUCCCGACUCGCCCGCCGCCGCCGCCCCCGAGGCGCCGCCCCAACCCCUCGGUGGUGCCGCCGCGCGGAGCCGCGCCGUCUGUCCGCCCGACUGCCGCUUCCCCGCGCGCCCUCGCGAGUGUUGUUCAUCGUGAUCCUGGACUGUGUGGUGGGGCGCCCUGGAUAACCAGCCCUGGUGGCGGCCCCCGCCGCCGUCGCCCUGAUGGCCCCGCGGGGGGCAGCGGCCCCGCCCGAGUGAGCCGCACGGACACGACCAGCAUGGCCUGCUCCACCAUGGCGGCGCUCUGGGUGUACACCGUGGUGCUCCUCGCCCUGGAGGCUGGAGGCGGCGCUUGCCUGCGGGACGUGACCCUGAGUGUCCACCCUCCGGCCGUGGAGCGCGGUCAGCAGGCGCGGCUUGUCUGCAACUACGACCUGGAGAACACCAAGCUGUACUCUGUCAAGUACUACCGUGGCCAGCGGGAGUUCUUUCGCUUCUUCGCAUCCGAGAAGCCGCAGACCAAGGUCUUCGCAAUUGGGAAAGUCCCGAUCAACGUUGACUUGAGUCGCUCCAACGCCACGCAGGUGGUGCUGACCAACGUGGACCAUGCCCUUGCCGGCAACGUGACCUGCGAGGUGACCGUCGAGCCCUUCAGAAUGCUGAUAGCGGGCGCGAUCCUCACAGUAGUAGAGCUGCCGCGGAGCCCGCCCAAGCUGUGGGUGCACCAGGACCGCUACGAGCUCGGCGACCAGCUGCUCGCCAACUGCUCGGCGCCGCCCGCCGUCCCGCCGGCGCAGCUCAGCUUCCAGAUCAACAACGUGACGAUGCCGACGGCCAUGGACACCGCGUACCACUUCACGGCCGACAGGGAAAUGUGGAGCGCGCUGAGCCUCAGUAUGCGUCUGGACCACCGUCACUUCCAGAACGGCCGACUCACGCUCCAGUGCACGGCCAAGCUCCCGGCCGGCUUUGCCGUCAAGUCGGAGCCCCAAGAGCUAGGCGUCCGGCCGUCUGAGCCCGUGCCUGAAAGAGUGACGUCUUCGUCGGGCUGGCGGGCGCGUGCGCUCCUGCUCCUUGUCAUUCUGGCGCCGUGCAUACGGCGGUAGUUCAGCCCCGGGGCUGUCCGAACAAGGCUGUGUAAACGACAUCUACCUCUGCUGGCUCCAAGUCCCUCCGAGGGCCUUAGGACCCACACUUGUGCAGUGAAGAAGCGUCGGGCCAGUGCGUUUGAUGAAUAAAGACUUCUCGUCAAGCAAGGCGAGGACCCCGCGCUUGUGCUACCCUAUAUGUACUGACCUAUGAAGGAAUGUUGCUGUUUAAAAGGGGAGAAAGGACUCUGUUGCCAGUAGACUCUUUUGUUUAUGUCGAAGUAUUGAUGUUCUGUAUGAAUACCGUAAUUGAUAACGUAAUAAUGUUCAUUGCAAUAUGUUUGAUGUCAGUCGCUUAACUUGCGUGGUUGCAAAACCAAAGGUUACCUAUCAUUUCAGCUAUAUUUUUACUGCGUGAUGUUUAAGUUAAAAAACGUUAUACAGGAGAACAUUCAAAGUUCACGCCUCUAAUAAUUAGAACAAUAUCUCCGUGAAAUAUAGGCAGGUAAUUUUUCUGUUUAACAUAGCUCAAAACUAAGGAGAUUCCACCAUUUUCCUGAUAACGUAAAGGAUGCAAUCCGGUAGAUUGCGUUACUGUGCGAACGGUGUACGGAGCGGUAAUGUCGGUUGUAAAUAUUUGUUACUGUUUUAAUAACAGAUUUUGUGUAAAAAUUGUGAAGGGUUCAGGUAGGACGAAAUGUCAUGCUACGUGUAUAGUUAAAGUAUGAAAGAUGUAAAUUAUUUUAAAUACUAGUGAAUAUAUGUGUUGUGUGAGGGUGUGAAAGGAUAUGAAUGAGGGAAAGAGAACUAUCGAUGGCUUCAUUUUAUUGUUCUUAAUACUAGAAACAGGGCGAGUCUCGAAGUAUUUAAAAAGCUGAUGUUAAAGUUUAUUGGAGAAAAAUUUUAGUGUCAACAUGGAACCUGAUUUUUAUUGAUACUGUAUUUCUUAUUUCGAAGCUCAAAUCCUGCUAGUCCUUGCUUUUGUUUACAGAUGUAUCUGGUACACCACUCAUCCUAGCAGUUAACUUGCUAUCUUUGUACCGGGUGUAACUGUGAAUACGCAGCAGUGUUGCGGGAUUGCAUACUCCAUAUGGCCGCAGGGGCCAUGGCCCCUUACGGGUGUAAAGAGUAUGCAAACCCGCAACACUGCUGCAUAUUCACAGUUACACCCAGUACAUGUUUGAAUUUGCCUUAACACAUUUCUUAACAUGGCAGUCUUUCUCCUAAAAUUCGAAAAAGCCAAAUAACCUAUGUUAGAACUUCGUUCCAACCAGAGCGCUCGGCUCCAAAAAAUACUCUAGUCACUUUAGUAUGUUGUGAUUUGGUGUUAAAAGGUAUCAUCGGAAGUGCUGUUUUGACUGUCGGUUAGCCAAAAUUUGCUGUAAAAUGUGUGCCAUAACGCAUUGUGACAUUUGUUUUUUACAGUCCUUUACUGAUUGUCGAUGUGUCACAACGCCGCUAUAACAUCAGUAGGCAUGGAAAACAUAAUUUUAACAAACUGUUUGUCGAAUAAAAUUGAUUUCUACGAAA